AUGGCCUUAACGCAACGCCACAACAAGCCAGCAGCCAAGGAGGGCUCAUUGGGCCAGAAGGUUUCUGAGAUUGCUGGCUUUCUGAAAGGAGGUCACCAUGGAGAACACAACAGCAGCAGCAGCAGCAGCAGCCACACUACUAGCACCCAAUACGGCUUAGCCACCCCAGCAACUAAUGGGCAGCAUGGGCUGAACCAGCACCAUGCAACUGGAACCAAGAAGAGGGGUGAGCGCAAGAACAACAAGACAGGUGGCAGCCGAAAUCUCCUUCAGAAGAUCAAGGAUGGAAUUUCUGGCCAUAGUAGCGACAGCGACAGCAGCAGCAGCGACAGCGAAAAUGAAGGCUACCCAAAGAAGGCGAGUGAUUUAAAACUAAAUGGAACAGAUGUGGGGGAUCAGCAUCAACUAAAUAUCAAGGACAGGGGAAGGAAGAUGUGCCUCAUCAUCACUAUAUAUGAUAACUCAAGUACAAGUAUAUACUAA